UCUCUUCAAGUUGACCAUUUUGAAUUGAAAAGGGAACAUAAAGAUAGUGAAAUGCGUUUAAGGGAUGCAUAAACUGAUAAGAAGAAGCCCUUCUGGCCCUCCCCUUUUUUGCACUUCUUCACUUUAGACCUUCUGUGCCUUUUCUUUCUCUUUCUUUUACCUCUGCUGCUUCUAUUACUAACACUACUUCUUUCACCAUGCCCACUGCCACUAUCCCCGGCGGCGGCUCAGCCCUCGCCGCCACCGCCUCUCUUACCAAUAAAAACCCUUCACUUUCUCGGCGGCUCUACAUCAAUGCUAGUUUUAUUUCACAGCCCCGUGUAAAUGCAAGAAUCACUCUACGUUCUUGGCCCGGGAGAGUUGGGAUACGACCGGCUUGGUGCCAUUCGAGUGGGAUGGAGGAGCAGUUGAGUCCAAUUGAAAGCUCCAAGGGUUUGAGUGAAAAUGAAGGUAAAGAAGAGGAAGAUAAGCCGAUUAGGUUAAAUAGAAGGCAAAAGGAUUCUGGGGUUUUGAUGGGGAGUCCGGAUUUGUUGACGGUUCCAGGUGUUGGUCUUAGAAAUUUGAGGAAGCUUGUUGAGAAUGGGAUUCAAGGAGUUGCAGAGCUCAAACAGUUGUACAAGGAGAAGUUUCUAGGAAAGGCUAGUCAGAAGAUGGUUGAGUAUUUACAAAGUUCUGUUGGGAUUAUCCACAGAAAUCAUGCUGAGAGUAUAACAACUUUUAUUAAGGAGAGAGUGGAUGAAGAUCUGAGGGAUUCAGAUUCAGAUACAAAGCUAACUGCAAAGAAUAGGUUAACAUUCUGUGUUGAAGGGAAUAUCAGUGUUGGAAAGACAACAUUCCUUCAAAGAAUAGCUAAUGAAACACUAGAGCUGCGUGAUCUUGUUGAGAUUGUUCCAGAACCUAUUGAGAAGUGGCAGGAUGUUGGACCUGACCACUUCAAUAUAUUAGAUGCAUUUUAUGCUGAACCACAAAGGUAUGCCUAUACCUUUCAAAAUUAUGUAUUUGUUACAAGGGUUAUGCAGGAGAGAGAGUCAUCUGGGGGACUUAAGCCACUCAGAUUAAUGGAAAGGAGCAUUUUCAGUGACAGAAUGGUGUUCGUACGAGCUGUUCAUGAAGCAAAUUGGAUGAAUGAGAUGGAGAUCAGCAUUUAUGAUUCGUGGUUUGAUCCAGUUGUAUCAUGCUUGCCGGGGCUUAUUCCUGAUGCUUUCAUCUAUCUAAGGGCAAGUCCUUAUACAUGCCAUAAGAGGAUGAUGCUUCGUAAAAGAGCAGAAGAGGGUGGAGUGAGCCUAGAUUAUCUCCGUGACUUGCAUGAAAAGCAUGAGAGUUGGCUUUUACCUUUUCAAAGCGGAAAUCAUGGCGUACUUUCUGUUAGUAAGUUACCUGUCCAUGAGGAUAGCUCUUUGCAUCCUGGUAUCAGAGAUCGGGUGUUCUUUUUAGAGGGUAAUCAAAUGCAUUCUAGCAUUCAGAAGGUUCCUGCUUUGGUGCUUGACUGUGAACCCAACAUUGAUUUCAGCAGAGAUAUUGAAGCAAAGACACAGUAUGCACUGCAAGUUGCAGAGUUCUUCGAAUAUGUGAAGAAAAAGAAGGAAUUCUCAUCAACAAAAGCUGGUGAAGAAGGCAAAGGAAGCAGUCAACCUCAGAUUGUUCUGCCUAGUACAGGUGGAUUAUGGGUAGCAGAUGGAAAACAUUUCCCAGAUGCUGCUCUAAAAUCUGUAGAAUUCCAGCGAGCCAUGUCCUACAUGUCAGGGUCAGGCUAGUUGGGGUUUUCAUGCAUUAUUUGGGUGUGGAGGUG